GAAGAUAGUGCAAGAUGUUCAACUCCAGCAGCAGCCCCUGGGCAAACAACUGCAGCCACAGCACGGUGAUAACCACAAGAGUCAUCCCGCUGCUCUACUGCUUCAUCUUCCUCGCAGGGCUCUCGCUCAACGCCGUGGCAGCCUGGGUCUUCCUCUACGUUCCCAGCACAAAGAGUUUUAUUGUCUAUCUCAAGAACAUCGCUGUGGCCGACCUCCUCAUGAGCCUGACGUUUCCUCUCAAAAUCCUCGCGGAUUCAGAGGUUGCCCCUGUGGAGCUGAACCUGUGGGUGUGCAGGUACUCGAUGGUUGUGUUCUACAUGAACAUGUACAUCGGGAUCGCCUUCUUCGGCCUCAUAGGCUUUGACAGAUACUACAAAAUCGUGAAGCCUUUGUUCACCUCCUUUGUUCACACAGUUAACUACAGCAAGGUGGUCUCCAUAACCAUAUGGCUGUUACUGAUGACUCUGUCAUUUCCAAAUAUGAUUUUAACUAAUAAAAUCACCGAAGACAAUGACUCUAGAAAAUGCAUAGGUCUUAAAAGUGAGCUUGGCAGACAAUGGCACAAAGCAACAACUUAUAUUUGCACUGGGAUUUUCUGGAUUGUUUUCUUCCUGCUAAUCGUAUUCUACACUUCUAUAUCCAAAAAAAUAUACAGCUCUUACAAAAAAUUCCGGAGGAGCUCAGACAUGGCCAAGAGGAAAACCAGCCGGAACAUAUUCACCAUCAUGUUAGUGUUUGUCAUUUGCUUUGUGCCCUACCACCUGUGCAGGACCCCGUACACCCUGAGCCAGACCAGCUCCCACUUCACCUGCCAGUCCCAGAAAUCGCUCUUCUACGCCAAGGAGUUCACUCUGGUGCUGUCUGCUGCAAACGUCUGCCUCGACCCCAUUAUUUAUUUUUACCUCUGCCUCCCCUUCAGAGAAAAGCUGUAUCAAAAACUGCAUCUCAAGCUGAAAGCUUCAGGUGAGGUUGAAAUUUCUAAAUCCAGAAGAUCAAAUACGCUUGGGGAAAGUAUAAACAUAGUGUAGGUUUGUGUCUCUGCAGUAAUGCACAUUUCAGGAAGUUAUUCAUGAAUGCAGAUGUCCCAAAGAAACAGAGACAACCAGCAACUAACAGGAGAGGGGUUCAGCACAGCACCAGCUGCUGCUUCUCUGUCUGAACCCAGAGCUCAUGUGCCAAUACAUUCACUACCUGCUGUUGCAGCCAACGCCCUGAUUGCACCUGGUCCCAUCUGGGUCCCAAGUUCAGAGACAGGAGUCCCUGAACAGCACAGUGUGGAGCUCCAGGCAGUGUGUGUCUGAGAGGAGAGUCCAACAGAGCCAGAACCACACCAGUCUGCUUCCCUGGACUCACAUGAACAGAACCAGAACCACACCAGUCUGCUUCCCUGGACUCACAUGAACAG